AUGUCGUUCUCGAGAAACUCUAAUACAGGUCCGCCGAACGGUACCUCUUUUUCUCAGUCCAGGCACGACUCGUUCCAUGCUUCUCAAUCCCAUGCAUCUACUCCCGCUGGAUCUCCUCCGCCCAGGGCGUCCCAACACUCAAACGUAUCCGCUAGCUUUUCGACAAACGGCAUGAACAACUCCAUGUCCAGGGGGGGGUAUGGUGGUUACAACGAUGGGAAUGGAUAUCGGCCGAUGCCUUAUCAGGAUGGAUAUAAACCACAAAUUUAUACCGCUGUCUAUUCAAACGUUUCAGUAUACGAAAUGGAGGUAAAUGGGGUGGCCAUGAUGCGUCGUCGCUCAGAUUCAUGGUUGAAUGCUACACAGAUUCUCAAGGUGGCAGGUGUAGCAAAAGCACGGAGAACGAAAACACUUGAAAAAGAGGUCGCUGCCGGUGAUCACGAAAAGGUUCAGGGCGGUUAUGGCAAGUAUCAGGGCACAUGGGUGAGUUAUCAGCGUGGCCUGGAGCUUUGCAGACGCUAUCAGGUUGAAGAUCUACUGCGGCCGUUGUUGGAAUAUGACAUGGGUCAGGACGGCGUCAGCGCGGCAGGACAGGGACAACUAGACACACCUACAAAGGAACAAGCCUUGGCCGUUCAGAGGAAACGAUUUGCGCAGGGGCUGGAUGGACAAGGAAGUGGCCCACAGGCUAGUGGAACCUAUUUCCAGAGUAUAUCCCGCACCGCAGCUACGGCAGUAAACGCAAUCAGCAAGGCUAGAUUUGACUCUUCUAUGAAAGGGAGUGAUGGGCGACAACCAAGCAUGACAAGAAAGUCUUCUCAGAUGAGCAGCCAGGAUACCUACUACCCAUCAGCAAGCCAGCAAAGCAUGCAAACCGUUGUAUCAGACAGUGGUUUUGGUAGUAACCUCCAGAACAGUCAACGCAGUUUUGCGGAGUAUACUCACGAUGAAAACCUAGAACCUCCCCGCAAACGGAUGCGUUCCUCUUCAACCACACACCAAAGGCCCUUUGGUAACAACAAUACACAGCCUACAAGUUCCAUGGCCGAGCCGACACCUACUGAACCCAACGAUUCAUUCUACCAAGGCGAAUCCACAAGCAAUAGGAUACCCGACGACCCCAGACAUGGCAUACCUGCCCUUCCAGCAGCAACCACACCAGAGAGAUUCCAGAAAAUGAAACUGAUCAUGACGUUAUUUUUGGAUAAGCGCAUGAAAAAUUUUGAAAACCACCCUGCUUUCCUCACCCUCACAAGUGAAGACCUUGAAACACCGCUCGAUGAAUUCCUGAACAGCGCUCUGCACUGGGCCGCGAUGCUUGCGCGGCUACCGCUGCUAAACGCCCUAAUAUCCAAAGGUGUAAAUAUAUUCCGGUUGAACGCCGCAGGUGAAACAGCGCUACAGAAAGCCGUUGGGACCAGGAACAACCUUGACUAUCGCAGCUUUCCUAAGCUGUUAAACCUACUUGGCUCGACUAUAGAGAUAAUUGAUCUCCACGGACGCACGAUAUUACAUCACAUCUCCAUGAUGGCGGCAACUGGCGGCGGAGGGCAUGUAGCCGCGAAACACUACCUUGAGUCCCUCUUGGAGUAUAUAGUGCGCCAUGGUGGGACAACGAACGGGACAAGUUCGUUCCCUGAAUCUCCCAAAUUUGAAAUAAUCAGCCUGGGCAGGUUCAUGUCAGAGAUGGUAAAUAUUCAGGAUGACCAAGGAGACACUGCUCUGAAUUUAGCAGGUAGAGCAAGGACUGUACUUGUUCCGCAGCUUCUUGAAGUUGGCGCAGACCCUCAUAUUCCUAAUAAUACUGGUCUCCGUCCUGCCGACUACGGCGUGGGCGUUGAUAUGGUUAAUGGAAACAGUCAGGGACUCCAGGUUGGCACUGGGAGUGACGCAUAUAUGGACCAGCUAGCAAGAACAAAGAAGGAAAUUCUCGAAUCAACUGUCUCCCAAAUAAAUACAGCCAUCGAGGCAUCGAUAAGCUCUUUUGAUAAAGAAUUAGCAAGCAGUUUCAGUGAGAAACAACAAGAGUUCAAUCAGUGGCACUCCAAGAUCAGAGAAAGCGCCAAGGCUAGACAAAUCGAGCAAAACCAGCUCGACGAAAUUAAAAAUAAGACCCGAGAACGGAUAGAGCUGCAAAGACAGAUUAAAAAUCUGACACUGUCAUCAGAGGCUCUUAUCGAGCAUCUGCGUCAGACGAAGAAUGGCGACAAAACUAGCGAGACGAUGGCCGGCAAGGAUAGAGCUAAGUAUGAUAAGAAGAUUAUUGAUGAUCUUUUUCCAGAUGGUCCUGGUAGCAGCCGUAUGAAAGUCAUCUCUGUGAAACAAGGAAGAUUUAUCUACUCGCUACCCCCUGCCGAACAGUUGAAAACACGUUUGAAGUGCUACAAGGAGCAGACUGCCUCGAUCCUGGCCGAGGUCGAGGCGCUGAAGAGCAAGAAUGUCGUUCUAGGGGAGAAUUAUAGACGCAUGGUCAUGGCCUGUACAGGCUGGUCGGCGGAAGAUGUCGACGCCGCUGCUGAUGGGCUUACGGACUGCAUCAAAGACCUGAAUCAGAACCCUGUACCGCAGGAUCAAGCCAUUGAGAUCCUGAUGAAAGACCGGGGCCAGGACUGGUGA